UCUGCCGCCACUGCCCACCUGAGAGCCAAAAGGUAAAGGUGUUCAAACGUCCUUACCUGGGAAAAGAAAGUAAUUAAGAGGUUAGUCAUUGGCAGGUAAAUACAACAAGAAAAAUAAUGAUAUCUCGAGUCAUGGAAAUUAAUGAAGAAAACAAUUUGACUGAGCUUUGAAGACAACUGAGAAAAGACAGGUAUGAGAAAAUAGACAGCUGACGAGAAAAUUGAGACACGAGAAAAAGUGUGAAAAGGAAAUUAAGAAGAUAUAUUUGAGAAAAAAAAUAUUGGGAAAAGAGAGAAGUUACAAAAAGUGAGGAAAAGGAGAGAAAAUAUGCGUGAAGUAAAGCCCCCAAAAAUAUGUGACUCGUGGUAAUUAAAAAAAGAUUACGAGAAUUUGUGGAAACUUUAACAUCUUUUAACAUUGGUGUGAGAACUUUGAACGAACCUAAAAAUAAUAAUAAUAAUAAAAAAUACACACCAUUUUAUUUAGAAUAAGAUCAAAAGCAAACUAAUCCAGGAAAAAGCAGGAUGAAAAUAAAAUAGAAACUUGAAUGCAAAAAAAAAAAUACAAGUGAAAAGUUAAAAUACAACAGAAAACAGUAAAAAAAACAAUAAAACAAAACUAAAUAUAAAAAAAUAACAAUGGAAAAGGCGGUGAAAGUAGAAUUGAGAAGAAGUUCCUCCACUUUCUACGAGGAAGAGGAGAAAGGAGGAGGAGAGAAGAAGAAGAAGGCGCCACAAGGAGAGAAGAGAGAAAAGAAGAAAGAGGAGGAAACGAAAAAUGAAGAAUUGGGUGAAGAAGAUCCAAUGUUAAGUGAGAGCUCCCAAAAGGAGGAGAGGUACAGCAGAGUGGCGGUGCGGGCCAAGCUGUCGGUGGAGGUGGAGCAGAAGAAGAGGCUCGGGGCGUGGGGCAGACGGGUCCUUGUGCUCGAUGGCGCCACGCUCUACGCCUACAAGGUCAAGGGUGAGGGCGGCAGCGUGGGCGGGUGGGCGGUGGGUGGGGCGGACGUCCACGUGGGAAAGAGCAAUGACGAGGGGCGGCACCUGCUCGUCAUCAGCCGCCCACCUGCGUACAAGCUGACUUUCUCCUUCACCACCACGUACGAACAGGCGCGUAUGAUCCAGGCUCUCUCGUCCUCGGGGGCAACAGUGACGGGUCUCGAAGCCAUCAUGCUACUGAAGAACCUGAGGAAGAGGCAACAGAAGGAGGAGAAAGAGGCGGAGGAGGAGGAGAGGAAGAGGAUGACCAUGGAGGAGGGACUCAUCCUUCAGACUCUACCCAACCCUGCGGACUUACUUCGUGGAGGAGGAGGAGGAGGAGGAGGAGGGGAGGAGAAGGAGGAGGAGGAGGAGAAAGAAGUUAGCAAAGUACAUAUCUAUAAGGAAGAGGAAGAAAAACAAAGCAUGGAGGAGGGAGAUAGAGUACAACAGGUGGAGAAGAAGGAGGAGGAGGAGGAGGAGGAAGAGGAGGAGGAGAUAAGUGAAGCCAUAUACAACUUCAAAGCCUUCAAUAACAUAUUCUCCUUUUCCGGGAAGAAGAAAUUAGCAGAGGAGGAGGAGAAGGAGGGAGAGGAGAAGGAGAACGAGGAGGAGACAAAGAAGGAAGCGAAGAAGCAGGAGGAGGAGGGGGGAGAGGACGAAAUAGACAGCAAAGUAGAGGAGAGAAAACAAAACAAAGAAGAAAACCACGAAGAAAACAAGAUUAUGCUAACACAAGGUGACCGCUCCACGUCUCACGCCACGUCUUCCACUUCUAAGACUUCUUCAGGGGGGGAGGAGGAGGGUGUAAGGGCUCAGGGGGUGGAGGGGGGGCGCAUCAACCCCUUACCCAAGCCCCCUCGUGUUCGACCAGGCCCUGAGGGAAGACUUACAGAUUCUCACACCAUAUCUGACAAGUCGGUUUCUCAGUCAACUCCGACGUCGCAAGGAGAAGGGAGUGAGGGAGUAGACUUGAAGGAGAUUGAAGGAAAGGAGGUAUUGAAGAACGAGCUAUUGAAGGAGAGGAGUGAAGGAGAGGAAGAGGAUGGUAGAGUGAAGGAAGUGAGGGAGAGAAGUGAGGAGGUAAGGGAAGAAGUGAAGGAAGUGAAGGAAAGAAGUGAAGGAGAGUUAAACAAUCGUCCUUCACUUGAUUUAUACCCGAGUGACUUGAGAGAGAAGGAGGAGGAGGAAGAGGAAAAGGAAGCAGAGAAACAGGAGGAAAAGGAAAAGGGGGAGAAGGAGGAGGAGGAGGAAGAGAGGGCAAAGAAACAAGAAGGAAGGGAGAAGGAGGAGAAGGAGGAGAGGGCACAGAAACAAGAAGGAAGGGAAAAGGAGGAGAAGGAGGAGGAGGAGGAGAGGGCACAGAAACAAGGAGGAAAAGAAAAGGAGGAGAAGGAGGAGGAGAAGGAAGAGGAAAAAGAAGCACAGAAACAGGAGGAAAAGGAAAAGGAGGAGAAGGAGGACGAAGAAAAAGUAAAUAACGAAAACAAGAAACUAGAGAAAGAGAAAGGAAACAACCAAGAAGAGAAGGAACAGGAAGAGGAGGACAAGGAGGAGGAGGAGGAGGAAGAGGAAGACAAACACAAGCAACAAGAAGACAAACAGACAUACACCGACCUAGUCACCAAAAUGCGACUCGACAGAGGCUUCACCCUAGACACACUCGUCCCAUCCUCAGCCCACUCCUCAGAGCUCCCAAGCCCGAACGAUGACGCGGCCCUGGACAGCCCCAUCUCCCCUUGUAUGCACUCCCCUUCCUCCCAUUCCCCACCAAACGGGUACAGAGGGGAGAAGAGUGAAACAUGGCUGUCUGAUGCGUUGAGUGAUAGCGAGGAGCAGUUUGAAAGGCUUUAUAAUGAGCUGAGUAAGACCCUGAACCAGCCGACUAAACCACAAGAGGAUGAGAAGGUGGAAAGCUACGAGAAUGCACAGCCUGAUUCUACCUUAGUCACCCCUGAAAGCCCUCCAGCCGAGAAAACGGAGCUUCAAAGGAGGCACUCAAUUAUCAAGAAAGAUGGAGGUCAAAAUGGUAGUUGUAGUAGCAGUGGUAAAAAGGUGCAGUUUGACCUUAAUGUAAAGAGCAUCGCCCCGUCACCUGAUCCCAUUCUCUAUGACGUCCACAAAGCGAAAGAAAACGGGGAUGCGCGACCAGGGGUGACUCAAAUAAGGGAGAAAAUCAACAAAAUUUCACCCCAGACUAAACCAAAUGAAAACGUGAGGAAAAUCGAGGAAAACAAGAGGAAAACAACCCCCAGCCCAUCGUCCCCGGUGAAGAAAAAGCCCCAGGUGUCCGCCCAGGUGAAGACAACGAGGGGGGUGACGCCAGGUGAAGGGGGGCUGAAGAGAAGACAAGGUUUGGCGAGGACAAGUUCCCCGGUCACUCCCCCCGCGUCGCCAACCAAGACGGUGAAGAAGACAGAAGCUGAAGGCAAGGGGAGGAAGACAAUGGGUGAAGACAAGACGAAGAAGACAAUUAAUGAAGACAAAGGAAAGAAGAUAGAGGAGAUAAAGAAAGGAGGAAAGAAUGAAAAAGCUGAAAAGAUAAAAGUUGAAGACAAAACGAAGAAAAUAGAGAAGAAAGAGGAGAUAAGGAUAGCAAGAAAGGAUGAAAAGGCCGAAGAGAAGACAGAGAAGAAGGAGGAAAUAAAGAAAGGAGAAAGGGAUGAAGAAAGAGAGGAAAAGAAAGAGAAGAAAGAUGAAACAGAAAAAGACGAGAUGAAGAAAACAGAACAGGAAAACAAGAAAGAAAACACAACAACAGAGAAUAAGGAAGAAAACAUAGAUAAGAAAACAAAUGAAGACAAAACAGAAAGGAAAAUGAAGACAGAAGAAAAAGAGGAAGAAAAAGAGGAGGAAAAGACCACCACCAUCACCAAGCAAACAUCAUCAUCAUCAGGAGAGGUCAAGGGGUCAGAGCAAAGGUCAAACGUAAGAAAACAGCCAACAGUUGACCUUCAGGCGCCUCUUGUCAAAAGUGGCCAGGUGGAGAUGGGUGGCAGCAUCGGAGGGAGACUAACCCCCCGCCGCGUGGAGGUGAGGGACGGUCAUCUCCUCGCCUUCAUCUCCCAGGCCUCCACCCCCUCCUCCCGCCUCCCCCUCGCCGGCCUCUCCGUCACCCCCUUGCUUGGAGGAGGAGGAGGAGGAGGAGGAGGAGGAGCAUCACUCAUUCUCUCCCGUGCUUCGCGCUGCAUGAUGGUACUCAAGCUUGGUUCACGGGAUGAGAUGAUGCAAUGGAUUAACACCUUAUCUGAUGAGGUGCUGCGCGUGACACCUGAGGAACACCUGAGAGGCUUGACCCUGUACCCCUCACCUGAGAAAGAGGAGGAGGAGGAGGAGGAGGAGGAGGAGGACGAAGAAGAGAAGGUGAAGGAGGAGAGGCAGAGUAGCGAUGAUAAGACUGCAAAUCAAGAGAGAAGUGAAAGUGUUAUCAAAGAGGAAGAAGAGAAGCGAGAGGAGGAAGAAAGGAGGAAGAGGGAAGAGGAAGAGAAGAAAGAAGAGUUAACUGAAAGAAUGAAAGAAGUAAAACCAGAUGAACCAAAGAAUGAGGAAGACAGACCGAUCAAGGAAGGUCUUAGUCUGCCCUCAAAGUCCAAUCAAAGAAAACAGGAAACGAGCGCGAAAGAAAACGGGGAGGUGGCGAGGGCCUGCGCACCAAAGAAAACGAUAAUCAAGUCACCGAAUUUCAUGGAGCACCUCAACAAAUUUAGAGAACAACAGAAAACGGAAACACAGGGAAAGAAAGAAGAGGAGGGGAAGAAAGCUGAAGAAAGAGGAAACAGGAAGACAGGAGAUAAACAGGAAGAAAACAGGAGCAACAAGAUAACAGCUCUGAUAAAACAGGUGGAAGGAAGAGAUAAGGAGGCAGGAAGAGAAGGAAGAAGAGAACCGGAAGGAAGAAAGGAAAGAGAAACCAGAGAAACAGAAAGAGGAGGAAGAGAAGGAGGAGAAGGAGGAGGAGGAGGAGGAGGACAAUUAAGGUUAAAACAAGACAAAGAUUCACCCAAGAAGACAAAGGAGGAAGGAAGAACGGAAAGCCCAACACACCCUCCUUUGAAACGCCUCUCAGGUCAAGGCAAAUCAUCACCAACAUCACCACUAUCAUCAUCACUAACAUCACCACUAACAGGAGAGGAUGUGGUGGAUAAUUACUUACUGGUCAACAUCCUCCCUGGGAAAGCAACCACUACUACUACUACCACUACUACCAGACCUACUACCACUACUACUACAACCAAAUCAUCAACCACAAGUAAAAAGCCACCACCACACACCAUAUCUCAUCACCCCCACCACUCUACAUCAACAUCUAAUCGUCAUGCUAACUGUUUCAAGCCUAACAACCCAAUUAGCAGCUUCAGUAGGUCAAUUAGUACGAGUAACACCUCCUUGGCACAAGACGAGGGGAGGAAAACACACACAGAGGUUCUAAAACGCUCCACCAGUGACAUGGAACUUAAUCAAAAGAAGCGCGAGGGAGGGUUGACCCGGAAAGGCGCAGUCAGAGUCAAGAGCACAGGGAACCGAACGAGUAGGAGGAACAGCGAGAGGGAUAGUCUAGUGGAUGAGUCCGAAUCCAUGCACUCGGCUAGGACUUCGGUUUCGUCUGUGAUUUCCUCAAGAAUCCUCGAAGCUAAGAACGUUGAGAUUAUCGAGAAAGAGGAGAGGAAGGGAGGUGAGAGUGAGGACAUGGAGGAUAAGGAGAACGAGAAAUGGCCCCAAGAGGAACACAAGAGAAAUAUAAACCUUAAACUAAAGAAGGAGGAAGAAGGAAGAGGAGGAGGAGGAGGAAGACCAGGAGUGGAGUCUAAUAUCACCUGGUCAGUGGCGGCAACACGUGAGAAGUUUGAGUUGCUGUGUUCCAUCAGCGGCGAGAACAACAAAGGAAAACUGACCACGAAGACGCCGAUCGCACGCAGACGGUCGGCGAGGAUGACGCAGAAGAGACGCAGAACCCAAGAGCUCAACGCGACGACUCCGAAACGCCAAGGAACGGUGAGAAAGUCGUUUGUAGCCGCUGAAAACGACCGGGCAAAGAAUGAGAAAGUGGGUGGGAGGGCUGUAAGAAGGUCGUUGAUAGCAUCUGAAGGAAAAGAAGAAAGAGAAGGAAAGGAGGAUAUGGGUGUGAGACGACUAGGAGGAUAUGGAACCAUGACCCACGAUGAAGUAGACGACGAAAACGACCAGAAGAUGACCACAAAGCGUACAGGAUCCUGGCCCACGAAGGAGACGGUGAAGGAGGCGAGGAAGGCGUUUGAAGGAUAUGCUCAUAGGACCCCCACCACCACCACCACGGAUGAAGGGCACGACUCAAGGAUACUGAAAGAGAAGUUAACAGUCGAGAUGUCCCCGCUAACAAGGACGCUGAAUAUGAUACAGGACUCCAUCAUGUCCACCAAUGAGGAGUUCCGAAGGGCAUCCCAGUCCUUCUCCACUUCCAACAGCCAGUCCAAGAAUGAUAACGUUGUGAUAUGCUGGAAAGGACCCUAUAUCGCUCAGAAUUGGAGCUCUCGACUAGCACAAAAAGAGGAAACACCAAGCAAAGAGGAGUCCGAACAAGAAGUGCUCAACAACAUCAGCAACGCGUUCCUGGCCAAGAGGAGGCUGCUGAACAAGGAGGUGGCCCUGGGGAGGCUCACGGGGCGCCUCAACCUGCUGGAGGAACACCUAUGGGGGCUACAGGCAAGGCUGGCCACGGAGGAGGAGGUGAAGGGAGGGAACAGAAGAGGAGUCGAGAGAGCCAUCGUGUCCGUAGAGGAGGAGAUCACGGAGGUCACUGCCCGCCUGUCCGUGCUGCAGAGGGAGGCACAGCAGGCGAGGGAGAAGCUAGAGGCGGCGGUGACAGCGGGGCUCUCGCAGUGGGCUGACAAGGGGGUGCUGACGCCUAAGUCCUCCCUUACGAGAAGACGAGGAAGGGGUGCAGAGGAGGUGGAGGAGGAGGAGACGACGACGGAGGAGGAGGAGGAGGAAGUGGAGGAGUCUGAGGCGUGAUUUGAGGAAGAAAGGAGGAGGAGGAAGAGGAGGAAAAGAGAAAGAGGAGGAGGAGGUGAAGAACAAGUACGAGAAGAGGAGGAGAAAGAGGAAGAAUAAGAAGAGAAGAAGAGGAGAAAGAGGAAGAAUAUGAAGGGAAGAGGAAGAGAAGUAGAAAAGGAAGAGGAGGAGAAUUAGUAGAAGAGGAGAAAGAGGAAGAAGAAGAAGAGAAGAAGAUACGUAGAAGAGGAAGAGAAGGAGAAUUAGUAGAAGAGGAGGAGGAGAAGGAAGAAUAAGAAGAGAAGGAGGAAGAAUAAGAAGAGAAGAAUAAAAGAAGAAGAGGAAGAGGAGGAGAAGAAUGUCUGUGAUUUUAGGAAGUAGGGAAUGGAAAAAAGAAGAAGAAAAAAUGAGCAUAAUUUUUUUUAUGAAUCGUGAUUAAUAUUAGUAUCGAAAAGAAGAUAUUUGUGAAGAGAAAAGGAAAAGGAGGAGGAGGAGGAGGAAAAAGAAGAAAGAGGAGUUAUAAGAGGCUGCAAAUUAUAUGAAACGUGAUUUUUAAGAAAGUAGGAAGAAAAAAUAGAUAAAAAUACUUGUCACAUACUACUACUACUACUACUACUACUAUUACUGCUACUACUACUAUUACUACUACUACUACUACUACUAUUACUAUAACUACUACUACUACUACUACUGAUAAUAAUAAUAAUAGA